AUGUUAUAUCGUUUGAGUGGUUGCUGGACAAUAACUUUGACACUGGCGUUGUUGCUGGCUCAACGGGUUGCUUCUGCCAGUAAUAAUGGAUAUACUUUAGAUGGUGAUAGUACCCCAUGGGAUUCAAAUAGUGGUGCUAAUGAAAGUAGUGAUAGUAUUAAAGUAGCAGGAUCUUCCACGCCUUCGGUAACAGGUACGACUGGAAGUAUUCCUAGCUAUAGCAGUCAACCGCAACCAUCGUCUCGAGAUAAUGAUCCGUUUAGUUCAGCACCAAGUCCAAGCGGUUAUGGUUCAGGUGGCUCGAGUUCGAACACGGAGAGUUACUCUUCUUCUGUCAAUGCAGCUACCUCGAGCUCUUCCGAUUUUUCACCAUCUUCUUCGGAGACUCCGACAGCAAGCAGCAGUAGUCAAACAGGCGGUACGAGUGGUUCCUACUCUUCAAGUUCGGCUCCUGGACCUACUGACAGCAGCAGCAGUGUUUCAAACUUUGAGAGUUCAUCACCAUCACCAUCAUCAUCUUCUCCUGCCAGUUUAUUCUCUUCGUCCUCUGCUUCCCCUACUGCUUCCGACUCUUCAUCCACAUACCCCGGUUUGUCGUCAUCGUCGGAAGUUGCUAGCAGCGGUUCAGCAGUCCCGAGCUCAACUAGUAGUUACUCAAGUCCUAGUUCGAGUUCCGCUAAUACUGCCAGCGGUAGCAGCUACUCCUCCGUGAGUAGCGACAUUUACCCCUCCAGUACUCCGUCGAGUUCGAGUUCGAGUUCGAGCUAUUCACCAAGCAGCAGCUUUUCGAGUUUUAGUAGUAGUAGCUCAGCUGUUCCAAGUUCAAGCAGUUACUCUAGUUUGCCCUCAAGUUCGCACAGUUACUCGAGCUCAACGCCAAGUUCAAGCUCGAUCUCAAGCUCUAGCAGUUUUGUGAGCAGUAGUUCAAGUAGUUCAUCUGCACCAAGCUCUAGUAGCUCUCUACCAAGCUCGUCGAGUUCAAUACCUUCGAGCAGUUCAUCUGCACCAAGUUCAAGCAGCUACCAGUCAUCGAGUUCCAGUUCGAGCUCCAUUUUUUCGAGUAGUUCAUCUAUUCCAAGUUCAAGUUACAGUUCAAGCUCAACCAGCCGGUCUUAUUCUCCAAGCAGCAGUGGUAGUAGUAGCAGCUUUAGCUAUAGCAGCUCUUGGUCGCCAACUUCAACAGCCAGCAGCGGCAGUAGUGGCGCCUUUGGCUACUUGUCAUCGAGUUCAUCUUAUUCACCAAGUUCUAGCUCUAGUUUCAGUUACAGCUCUAAAGCUAGCUCAAGUUCAAGUGAUUUCAUUCUAGAUGCAACUUCGUCCAGCUCUGACAGUUCAAGUGCUUACAGUUCUAUUGGGAGUAGUAGUGACAGUUUGCCAAAAUCUACUACUACUAGUUACAGUCCAAGUUCAAGUUCCAGUAGUAGCGUUUGGAGCCCUACUUCGAGUCCAUCUUCAAGUUAUUCCUCCUCUAGCUCGAGCUAUAGCUGGCCUAUUAGUCCCACAACGAGCAGUUAUCCAAGUUCCACUAGCAGUGAAAGUAGUUCAGACCCUUCGAGUACAAUAACAUCAAAUACUUGGAGUUCAAUUUCAAGCGCUAGUAGCUAUCCAAGCUCAGGUAGUAGCACUCCGGUUGCAACUAGUAGCGGCUCUUCUAGUCAGAGUUCAUCAGACACUCUAAAGUCUGCUUUCGUAACGUCCUUUUCAGUACGUUCGACCACAUCAUCAAGUCCUAUUAAAACACUAACGAGGUCAGCAGGUGGGGGAGAAAUUACAUCCAUAAGGUAUUCAAUGGUGAUUCUUACUAGCCAAGGGAGUAGAUACACUCAAACCAGGGUUGUCACCAAUUCGCCGACUGCUGGCAGUCAAAAAUCUAUUCAAAACGGAAACGGUGGUUACUGGGCUUCUACGGGAAAAGUUGUAGGCACUUUCGUCCCGGUUGGCAUUGUUUGUCUAGGGAUUAUCCUAUUCCUAAUCUGGGCAAUGUUCAUUCAUCCAAGAAAGAAACAAAAGCAAUUUGAUACUUUCUACAACAAUAACAUUUACUCACCAAGUUUGAAAAGUGAUACUCCAAGCCUCCAUCAAAGUAGACCUUCAUCGGUCUCUGGAUUUGUGUAUGCCGAUGAAAAGGGGAUUAUUACCCCUAAACCAGCUCCAAAUCAAUCGUUAACCACAGACGACGAAUCAUUUGAAUUACCAAAACCUGUUGUUGUUGAUCAAAGGUUAGAUUUCCAUCAAAUGCUGAACAAUAUCGAUAACAGCAGUUCAAAGGUCUCGCUAGCCGACGACGUCGAUUACUCCAGAAAAUUUUUGCACCUUGGUGAUAAGUAA